AUGGAUUGGUUUAAUCUGAAUCAGUCCACUGAAUUGGAGUCCCAUUCAAGCAGUCCCCUCUCAGUCUGUAUUGCAAACCUUCUGCCUGAGCUUCGGUUUCGUGUCAAGAAUCUGUGCUUGUUUGGAAUCCUUCCUGGGCCCAAGGAACCCAAUGCUGAACAGCUGCAGAGGUUCCUGCAGCUGCUGGUAGAUGAUCUCCUGGUGCUGUGGAGAGAUGGAAUUGUGGUUCAUACUCCAGGACAUCCAGGAGGUUUCACUGACCAGAGGAGCACUGAUCAUCCAUGCACUCAGUGCCAUGUCAAGCACACAGACAUGCUCAAGCAUGGCUGGCAGACAGGAAAUGUGCCAUUGAGAGACGGAGUACACCACAAGAGACAAGCUGCUUGUAUCUACCAGCUUCAGCAAUUGGGUGCCAACAAGAAGACAUUGGACGCUUAUGUCCAGAAGUAUGGAGUGCACUGGUCUGAAUUCAAUUGCCUCCCAUAUUUCAAUCCAGUGCAUAUGGGGGUAAUCAAUCCUAUGCAUACCUUCCUCCAAGGUCUCACAAAGAUGCUUUGCACCUUUGAGAUGCCAAUGUGGUUUGCCCAAUUGCCUUCCCAAGUAGGCUAUCCAGCUGGAGGAAGCCUAACCUCAGAUGAAUGUGGUAAGCCAUCAGUACAGAAAUGGACCAUGAUUCACUUGGACCAGAUCCCCCCUCUGCUGUUAAAGGCAGACUCUCGAGCCCCUCUGCAGGCUGUGAGCAACUACUUAAAGCUAGCAUGUGCCCUCAAGAUAUUCAUGCAAAAGGAACUUUGGGAAGAAGAGCUCACUAGAGCAUCGACUCUCUACAAUGACUUCUUUCAAGAAUACACUGAGGUGCUUAAGAUGUUCAAGAAUAACAGCCAUAAGGGGGGAGUGGUCAAGGUCACAUUUGCAUGGGAGUUUAAGCAGGAGAUGAGCCUGGCCAGAAUUAACUCUAUCCUUGCUGAGCAACAACAGGACUGCCUUGCCAGCUGGUUGGCAAAGAAGCUGGAAGAACAAUCUAGAGAUGUUGCUUGA